GCACAUGUGGUGCUGCAGGAAGUUUUGAAAAGUUCCCUCGUCGGCGGCAUUCCGUGUUGCGCGGCUUGUACGAUCGGUCAUCUUCUUGGUCCAGCAUAUGCAUAUUGGUAACUUAUUACGAAUAAUGUUCUUUUAGUGCGCGUGUGACUUAGUUUAUUUGAACAAUGGGCUCCUUUAAAAGCUCAAUCCCUAGACUUUUGUGGUUGUAUUUAGUUGCCGCCUAUUUUAUUUUCGUUGUCGCAAAUACCGGCUACCAGGUAUUAGCCGCUGAGAAUGACGGUGAUUUAGUAUUUGAUAAUGUAGAAGAUUCCAAAUUAGUUAGUCAACGCAAUAGGCAUAUAUUAGAAAAAAGAAGUAACCAAAAUAAUUUAAGUUCGAAAUCUAGUCAACACGUUGAAGAGGACCACUGGCUCACGAAAACUGUGAAUCGCAUUAAACGACAAUGGCCAUCUUUUAACUGGUUUGGAAGUUCCAACAAUGAGGAUCCAACAACGACGACAGAACAAGGACAGGCCCACGUCGAUUCUUUUAAUGACGUCGACAGCAAUGAGAAUGACAUUGACGACAUCCAUCCCGAAUCCGACCAUCAUGGAGAAUCCGACGAUGAAGAUGAUCUCGAUGACGUUUCCGGUUCUGGAGGGGUCGAGACUGAUCGCCCAAUCAUUCCUGGCCAACCUGUCUACUACAGAGUUACAAUGGCCGUACUUGAACCGUUCAUUGCCGCUUUUGCCGACCGCAAUACUCCGCAGUACAGGGAAAUUGCGGAAAAGUUGGUAAACGCUGUCAAUGAUCUGUAUGACAGUCUCCAAGGGAAACAGUCGGCUACAGUGAUUCGCAUUCAAAAACGAGAGGCCGAUGUCUUCUCCAGCAAAGUCACCAUGGAUUUGGGAACGGUAGGAUUUUACGACCAUGGCAGAAUAAGGAGUCACCUGUACAACCACAUUAAGAACUACCACACGCUGGGACCGUACAAAGUCACCACUGACGAAUUUUCAUUUAGAGAGUUUGAAGGUUCUCAGGGAUUACCAAAAUGUGAACCUGACGAGUUACCAUGCCAUAGUGGUGAAUGUGUACCAGUAUCAGCUCGUUGCAAUAGUAUUUAUGAUUGUCGAGAUCAUUCUGAUGAGGCUGGUUGUGAGUAUAACAUAAAUGAAGUGGAUCUUCGUCCAACUGAGCCGCCCGAAACAACUCGACGCCCAUACACUCCAUCCCCGGCGGUACCAUCAGAGUUACCACGUACUCAAAACCCCUACGAACCAGUAACACACUCGCCAUACACUCCGUACUAUGGUGUACUAACCGAAGCUGGACCAGAAGAAACGACAAUUCGACCAGAGCAGCACACACCGCCACACCCAGUUGAAACAACUACUGAAAGUAUACUGGUGUCUGUAUUUAAUACACUGUACAAUUCAACAAGCCCUCUGGACGUCGAGCAUGGAGCAGAAGAGACGACGCCAACAAUUUUCCACCAAACGUACCCGACGCAUAGAGGAAGAUGUCGAGCCGAUGACGUUGUACGUUGUGUAGACGGUUCCGUCAUAUGUGCCGAUCAGUUGUGCGAUGGCGUACAAGAUUGUCCUUCAGGAGACGACGAAAACAAUUGUCCAAUUGCUUGCGCUGAAGGAGAAUUAAGCUGCGACAUCAGUAGAUGCAUACCAAUCAACAAGCGUUGCGACGGAUACGACGACUGCGACGAUCGCACCGAUGAAUUGGACUGUCCUCCUCAGCCUUGCCGCACGGGACAAUUCAGAUGCAACGACGGAAAGUGCAUAGAGAUCUACCAACGAUGCGACUAUCGGCAAGACUGUAACGGUGGGGAAGAUGAAGAAGGUUGCAGCAGUCCAAAACGAUGUGACGCCGUCCGGGAGUUCAGAUGCAAUAACGGCAGAUGCGUACCCUUAUCUGCACGCUGCAAUCGGAAAUACGAUUGUGACGAUGAGUCUGACGAACGAAAUUGUCCAUGUAAAUCAGACGACUUCCAUUGUGCGAACGGGUACUGCAUACCACCGCACCAGAAGUGUGACGGAUUACGACACUGCCAGGACGGUUCAGACGAGCUUAAUUGUUCUAACACGAGUACCUGUCGAUACUACCAGUUCCAGUGCAGUGAUGGCACCUGCAUAGAUCAAAUGCUGAAAUGCAAUAAACAACCCGAUUGCCCUGAUCGUUCGGACGAGAUUGGCUGUAUCGAUUGUCAAAAAGACCAGUUUCGAUGUAACAAUGGCAGUUGCAUAAGUAUUUCGAAGCGAUGCGAUGGAGUUUCCGAUUGUCCUCACUCAGAAGACGAAGAAUCAUGUGCAUCAUGUACGAACAACGAAAAAAGGUGUACUAAUGGUGAAUGCAUAAACUUAUCGAAGGUGUGUGAUGGUAUCAAAGAUUGUUCGGACGGCAGUGAUGAGCUUCACUGCAAUGUACCGGCCUGCAGGGCUAACGAAUUCAUGUGCGCUUCCGGUGGUUGCAUAAGCUCGCAUUUGCGCUGCAAUUAUUACAUGGAUUGCCGCGAUGGGUCUGACGAGUUUAACUGUGUCGAAGGAUGCAGUCAGGGGCAAAUAAAAUGCAACGAUGGUAGUUGCAUUGAAGGUCACUUAUGCGACGGCAUAUUUGAUUGCGUCGAUGCCUCAGACGAACGUAAUUGUAGCGUAUGCAAUCUCGACGAGUUUCGUUGCGAAAACGGCGAUUGCAUUGCAGAAGAUUUCCGUUGCGAUGGGCGCAAAGAUUGUAAUGACGGUUCUGAUGAGGUUGACUGUGUUUUGCAAUGUCCGGGGGACAGCUUUCGAUGUGGGGAUGGAGUUUGCUUGGAUGUUAAACGUCGCUGUGAUGGCUACCCAGAUUGUCGAGAUAACUCGGAUGAGUUGGGAUGUACGGGCGUUAUUGAGCAUAAUACUACCACCAGUCCAGUGUCUUGUGGGGCUGAUCAGUUUCAAUGUGGCGACAAGACUUGUAUUGGAAUUGAUUUCCGUUGUGACAAAUAUCAAGAUUGUAAUGACGGUUCAGAUGAAAUCGGAUGUGAAGCCUGUGAAGCUGAUCAAUUUCAAUGUGGCGACAAGUCAUGCAUUAGAAAAGAAUUUGUUUGUGACACCUUUGAAGACUGUCAAGAUGGAACUGAUGAAGAAGGUUGUACAGCGACAAAUUGUCAAAGUGGAGAAUUCAGCUGUGAAGAUGGCAAAUGCAUUCCUGAACAUCUGAGAUGCGAUGGUAGAUCUGAUUGCGCCAAUGGCAUUGACGAAUUUGACUGUGCGCCCCCUACAAAACACUGCCAAGGGUACGAGUUCACCUGCAAAGACGGUUCGUGCAUUCCAAACUAUUUGGUCUGCGACGGCACGCCGCACUGCAAAGACGGAUCUGACGAAACAGAAUGUGGUUGUCGAGCGGAUGAAUAUCAAUGCGCUAGCGGUACGUGUAUAGCUGGACAUUUGCGAUGUAAUUACCGCAACGACUGUAACGAUGGCUCCGAUGAAAUCAAUUGUGGAACAGAACCCACCCCAACUGAACCACCAGUAACGAUACCACCACGAUUCCCCGACCCUGGAUCUGGAGUAGCAAACUGCCCUUGGGGUCAACGGAUGUGCAACAGUGGAGAUCAAUGCCUUCCCUAUUCCGCAUUUUGUAACGGAAGAUACGAAUGUAACGACCUGUCCGAUGAAACCAACUGUCCUGGUGUCACUGGUGGUUUGCACUUGAAGACGUAUCCCAAUGAACAAACCAUCAAAGAAAGCGUGUACAAGCCUGGGCGUGAGGUCGUCUUCCAAUGUCGUGAUGAGGGACCUUUAAGAGCGAAGGUUAAGUGGAUAAGAGGGAAUGGUUUGCCACUUCCUCAAGGAACCCGCGAUAACGCUGGCCGUCUGGAAAUACCCAACAUACAAAUGGAUCAGGGUGGCGCAUACACCUGCGUUGCCAUUGGAUAUCCACCGUCAACCCCCGGCGCCCAAGUUAACGUCUACUUGACCGUCGAGGCCCACAUUGCUCCUGCUCCUCGUCCACCCAAAGCCUGUGAGCUUCACGAAGCGACUUGUUCCAACGGAGAUUGUAUAGCGAAGCAUUUAGUAUGCAAUGGAGUAUUUGACUGCAAAGAUGGCUCUGACGAAACUCGCUGCAGUUCCCACGGUUGUGAGCCCAACGAAUUUAAAUGUAACAACAAGAAAUGCGUACUUAAAACAUGGCGCUGCGAUGGCGAUGACGAUUGUGGUGACGGAACAGACGAAGCGAGCUGCGCUACCAACCCUCCAGGAUCUCCUUGCCAGCACCACGAAUUUGCAUGCCACGCCGGCAACCAGUGCAUUCCGAAGAGUUACCACUGCGAUCACGAGCGUGAUUGUGCAGAUGGUAGCGACGAAGUCGGCUGCUCUGCCGUUGUAAUCGCCAAACCUCCCCCUCCGAUGGUAAACCUCAACGUUGGCGCACUGUUUGUAAUUACAUGCACGGCUGUCGGUGUUCCCAUGCCAGAGGUGGUGUGGCGACUUAACUGGGGACAUAUUCCUGAGAAAUGUACAACGACAAGCGUUGGGGGAGUUGGCACACUGACCUGUCCGAACAUACAGAUUGAAGAUCAAGGAGCCUAUUCUUGUGAAGCAAUAAAUAUAUUCGGCGCAGUUUUCGCACGCCCAGACACCAUUCUAGUUGUAAAUGGAGGAGCACCUAUCUGCCCGAAAGGAACUUUCAACGAAGAAGCCCGAAACCAAGACGAAUGCAUUAGUUGCUUCUGUUUCGGUGCAACUGCCGAUUGUCGAUCAGCUGACUUAUUCAUCUAUCAGUUGCAACCACCAUUUAAUGCCCAUAAAUAUUUGGGUGUUCGCGUGGAUCCCUAUUCCGGCGUGGUAGACAUCAGAGAUGAACCGAUCUACAGAGGCGCCGAGCCAAAAGUUAGUCCAGUUGGCCAAAACGGCGUUCAUGCCGUUUUAGCGGCUCCAUAUGGCGAUUUAGCGCAAAGUGAUGUUUUGCCUUACUUUGAUUUACCUGACAACUUUGUUGGCAAUCAACUGAAAAGUUAUGGCGGAUAUUUGAAGUAUAAGUUACGUUAUGACGGAUAUGGGCGACCACUCACUGCUCCUGAUGUUAUUUUAACGGGUAAUGGCUAUACGUUACUUCACAUCGGCAACCCUCACCAAGCGGGUAGAGAAGAAGAUAUUUCCGUUAGAUUCUUUGCUGGAGAAUGGGUUAGACGAUCACCAAAUGCGCCAGAAGCUAUAGCAACUCGCGAAGAUAUAAUGAUGGUGUUAGAAAACGUAGAACAUAUUUUGAUUAAGUUGCAAUACGUCGAUGGCCAUUUGGAUACAGCCCUCACUAACAUCGAUAUGGAUUCUGCUGCCGUACGCAAUACUGGUUUAGGCCAGGCUAUAUAUGUAGAACAGUGUUCGUGCCCCGCCGGAUACUCCGGUUUGUCUUGUGAGAGUUGUGCACCAGGAUUCAGCCGACACAAAUCAGGACCUUGGCUUGGCCAAUGUUACAAGGAGGUGGCAACCUGCCAACCCGGAACUUACGGAGAUCCAUCGAAUGGAAUUCCUUGUCGACCAUGCCCAUGUCCACUUACAGAUUCCCGAAAUCAAUUUGGCCACACAUGCCAGCUCGAAUCAGACGGACAAGUUACAUGUCAAUGUCCACCUGGAUAUGUUGGCAGAAGAUGUGAACAGUGCUCAUCUGGUUAUACCGGAAAUCCAUUGGUACCGGGCGACUACUGCAAACCUGGAAUAGGAUGCAACCCAGAUGGAUCACUGAACUAUGCCGGACAACGAUGCGAUUGUAAACAAAACACUUAUGGUCCUACUUGUAAUCAAUGUAAGCCUAAUACGUUCCAUCUCAGCUCUGAGAAUCAAUUUGGUUGUAUUGCCUGCUUCUGUAUGGGUAUCACUCAACAAUGUACCAGCUCAAAUUGGUAUCGCGAUUCUAUCAAUAUCGCGUUUACUAGCUCACAACAUGAUGUUCGCUUGGUAGAAGCGCUAAGAAAAGAAGUUCCUAUACGGGACGGAAUACGUUUAGAUCAAAAUGCCAACGAAAUUGUCUACAGUAGUUUCAACAGCCAAAAUCAAGAUGUACUGUAUUGGUCACUGCCCUCUCGCUUCUUAGGCGAUAAGAUAUCAGCGUAUGGUGGAUACUUGCGGUACACAAUCAGAUAUGUUCCGACGCCUGGUGGCCAAAGUUCUAGAAAUACUGCGCCUGAUGUUGAACUGAUAAGUGAAAAUCACAUCAAUCUCUUGUACUUUGCACGUGAUAACUCACAACCAAAUACGAAACAAACGUUCUCAGUUCCUCUACUAGAACAGCACUGGCAGCGAUCAGAUGGACAAAAGGUAGACAGAGAACAUCUUCUCAUGGCUUUGGCAGACCUUCAGGCAAUUCUGAUUAAGGCAACUUACACGACAAACACUUUAGAGGCCAGUUUAAUUUCGGUAUCUCUCGACGUAGCAAGUGAGCGUAACACAGGAAGAGAGCGUGCUUUGGCUGUAGAGCAAUGCCAAUGUCCGGCUGGUUAUCGUGGAUUAUCGUGCGAGGACUGUGAUGUUGGGUAUACACGCGCACCUGAAGGAAUUUACCUAGGUCUCUGCGAACUAUGUUCCUGCAACGGUCACUCGAACGAAUGCGAUCCAGAAACUGGAGCUUGCUUUAACUGUAGAGACCACACUUCUGGUGCAAAUUGUGAGCAAUGCUUGCCCGGAUUUGAGCUCGAUCCUAGGACAGGCGAGUGUAAAUCGCAAGCUCAAACAUGUGAAUGCAAUCCAGCGGGAGCGCUCUCAUCUGUUUGUGUGGGAGGAUACUGUCACUGCAAGACCAAUGUAGAAGGCCCCAGGUGCGACCACUGCCGCCCGGGUACAUUCGGGUUAAACCACACCAACCCAGAGGGAUGCCAGAAAUGUUUCUGCUCUGGAAUCACAGAUCAAUGUGUGGAAAGCAACUUCUACAUCGAGCAACUACCUAGUCAAAUCCUAAGUCAAGAUCAUCACGGAUUUUCGUUAACCUCAAAGACUCGACAGCAAAGUAUUACAUCUGACUUUUUAAUAAAUGUUGCCGAAAACAAGAUCGGUUACACGUUCAGAUCGAGGGUCCCAGAAAGUAUGUACUGGACAUUGCCACCGGAAUUUAAGGGAGAUCAAAUAAAGUCGUACGGGGGCAGACUUGAGUUUACACAGCAAUACUCUGAUCAAGGCGCAGGCUAUUCUCCCGAUCAAGAUGUUAUAAUUUCGGGCAAUGAUCUUACCAUUUAUUGGACACAUACGUCACCACCACAACCCAAUCGGGAUAAUAAAGUAAGAGUUCCAUUGAGUGUGGGUAACUGGCAGAGAGUUGACUGGCGAAGCGGACCUCAACCUGCCUCACGUGCAGACAUUUUAACCGUUCUUGCUCACAUUACUGAAAUUCUUGUGCGAGCUACUCUGUCUCCUUAUACCACAGCUUCCUAUAUUAGCGAUAUAGCUCUAGAUACCGCCGUCGAACAAUACACCGGACAACCUAAAGCGAGGGAUGUGGAAGUUUGUAGAUGCCCUCCUGGCUACAGAGGAACUUCGUGCGAGUUGUGCGCGCCUGGGUACUAUAGGGAUAUUAACGAUUUGCAAGCGGGACCGCUGGGAUCCUGCACGAAAUGCCCGUGCAGUGGAAACGAGGAAAGUUGUAAUUUAGGUCCAGAUAACCGCGUCGUAUGUCACUGCCUGCCUGGAUAUACCGGACCUACAUGCUCUUCAAUUGAGCAAAUAACUACCACGACAGAAACAAUUUAUACCCCUCCGCCACCACCAGUUAUUGUCGUCGAGAUCGAAGGCCCGCAAAUAAAGAUUGUCGAGGUUGGCCAAACCGUACGGCUCUAUUGUUCGGCGAGCUCAUCAUCCUCGUCUUCACCAGUACAACUGAAAUGGUACAAGGAUGGAGGACACUUAGCUCCAAAUCACGCCAUCGACGAUGGUAGAGGUAUUUUGGUUAUCACCGAUGUUGUAGUAUCCGAUUCCGGCAACUACGUUUGUCAGGCAUCUGACGGAUUUGUAAUCGUAACGCAAUACACAACUGUAACUGUGGGACCACCUAAUCCCGCUGUGCCUCCCACUGUCUCCAUUACACCAAGCUACAUACAAGUCCAAGAAAAUCAACAGAUUGAAGUACAUUGCGUGGCCAGAGGAAAUCCGGCACCGUCGUUACAGUGGCGACGAGUUGACAGGCCCCAAAUGAAUGAAAGACAUUCGUUUAUUAACGGAGUCUUCCGCAUACCUUACGCUCAAAAAUCGGACGAAGGACAGUACGAGUGUGUCGCUACGAAUUCUGCAGGUGUACAGGGUAGUACCGUGUAUAUUCAAGUCUUUCAGCAAAGUCCCGAACCAGCGAUUAAAGUUACCAUCACGCCCGCGCAAUAUUAUGGUAAAAUCAGGGAGACGUUUAGUUUAACUUGCGAUGCCCCACGACCAUGGCGUUCGAUGGUUUGGUCUAGAGAAGACGGACAACCGCUCCCGUACAGCUCAUCGCGUAGCGAAGAUGAACGAGUUCUAACUGUUUAUGAUGCGAAACUUGAAGAUAGCGGAACUUACGUUUGUAGUGUUACAGCGCAAACUACUCGGGGCAACGGAACCGCUUACGUAUCGAUUUCUGCUGAAGAAUCUGGGGAAUAUCCGAAAGUAAGUGUGGACCCGACCCAAGUAACCGUGGAUCAAGGCUCAACGAUAGAACUUCGCUGCGAAGCAACUGGAGUUCCUGCACCUACCAUUCAGUGGACACGAGUUACUGAUCCUUUAGGUCCCAACGCUCAGCAAAUAGGAUCCGUACUGAAAAUCCAAAACGUGCAGAUCCGUGAUCGUGGUGUAUACGUUUGCGUGGCAAGUAACAGAAAUGGCGUCGCUCAAAGUUCUUCAAUCAUCGAAGUGGAACGAAGGGAAGCUCCUGUAAUCGAAAUUCAUCCCAGUAAGGCACUGACUGUGACAGCAGGCGGAAGUCUUAUUAUGCAAUGUCGUAUUAUUACCGGAAGUCCACAACCUAGCGUGCACUGGAGCAGACCUAACGGACAACCUUUGAGCAACACUAUUGAGCAGCUUUCAAAUGGGGUUUUGAGAUUUACUUCAAUCAGCUUGGUGGAAGCAGGUGAGUAUAUGUGCACUGCGGAGAACACGGCCGGAAAAACAACAGCCAUUGGACACCUUGAGGUUCACACGCAACCGUCAUUAACGAUCUCGCCGCGUAGUGGCAUUUUAAAUGUUCGCGAAGGUGAAUAUGUUCGUUUGGAGUGUAGAGCGACAGGAGUACCUCAACCUACAGUACAGUGGUCGAAGCAGUUCGUUUCCUACAGUGGUGCGGCUCAAGAAUCUCACGCAAGUCCUUUGAGUGGAUUAGUACCCAAUGUCGCUGUAUAUGAAAUAACUAGAGUAACCAGCAGCGAUCAAGGAUAUUACGUUUGUCAAGGUCAAAAUAGCGCAGGAACUGCUGAGGAACGAGUCAGUCUUGUGGUUGACUCGGUACCAGAACGAGGUGAUAUUACAGUAAGGCCAGGUGAAGAUGGUAGCGCAGGUAACGCGGGUAAUGAAGUAACACAGUACCCUCCUUACGUUACGCCACGAGUACCAUAUAAGGAUAACGAACAUAUCCCUACGUAUGGAGAUAAAACGUUUACUGCGCCCGUUGGAACACGUGCGGAGCUUCGCUGUCAAACAAAAACACAAGCCGGUUCAGAUCCAUUGUAUGUUAAUUGGGUACGUGGCGAAAACUCGACGUUGCCCGAAAAUUCCGUCGUGAGAGGUGGCACAUUGUUCAUUGACAAUGUUCAGCCGACCGACGGUGGAGAGUAUCGAUGCCUCGGAGUUCAUCCAUCGGGUGCUAUUGUGUUCAGUUUCAGUGCACACUUAGUCGUAGUGUCGCCUCCAAGAAUAACUUUACACCCACCAAAACAAGUCGUACGCCCUGGAGACAACGCACACAUCGAAUGCGCUGCAACUGGACAACAGCCAAUCUCCAUAACCUGGACGCCUGUCGGACGAGAAAUGCCCGCGAGCGGCUCCGCCGAAGGUGGCAAUCUUCGAUUUAUCGGAAUUCAAAUAUCAGACGCAGGUCGCUAUAGGUGUACGGCAAUUAAUUCCGCAGGAGAAGCUGACGCAGUUGCUGAUGUAGUUGUACAAGAUUACCAUCAACAGACGACUACAAUCACUGCAGAAAAUAGGCAACAAGUUGCGGCAGUGGGAACUUCAAUCACCUUACAUUGUGUGGUUCGUGGAGGCCAAGAGCAACCCCCAUCCUCAAUCCGGUGGUUUAGAGAGCACCUGCCUCUAUCGCCCAACUCGCAUGUGAAUGGAGACUAUCUACAAAUUGUGAACGUCCGACAGGAGGAUGGAGGUAGAUACUUCUGCGAGGUAGCAGCCGAAGGUGGAACUGCGAGCGAUUACAUUGACGUUCACGUUCAACAAAUUACACAGAGAUGUUCACGAUUUGAAUGGAGAUGUGAUGACGGUCAGUGUAUAAGUGAACGUCGACGAUGCGAUCGGAAAUACGACUGUCGAGAUAGAACAGAUGAGCUGUAUUGUUUAGGAAGAAGGCGGCGGGACCAAGCGACCGACGAUCGGUUUUCAUCAUCGUCCUCAAGCGGAGGUUCACCAUUGCUGGAUAUUCAAUCAUCAUCCCCGACUUGUCGCAUCGGAGAUACUGUCGAUUUGUACUGUCGAUCAAACGAACCUGGCGUUAUAACUUCAUGGUCCAAGGUGAAUGGUAGGUUUGAGGAUAACAUCCAAACGAGCGGCGGAACUUUGCGAUUCUCAUCUGCAAUACGUGAAAAUGCCGGAACGUAUAGAUGCGAAGCACGUGGCAGUCAAGGGGUGUAUAGCAAAGAUUACGUUUUCGAAGUCAUAGAUCCCCAUUACGAAAAUGUACAAGGAGAGCAACCGAUUGAAACAAAAACCGCUCCACAAGGAUCGUCUAUAGUAAUGGAGUGCCGUACGGAUCUACAGCAACCUGUCAUGUAUCAAUGGAGCAAACCUGGAGGCGUACUGCACCGGGACAUUAGUCCACAUAGUCGCACCAUCCAAAUUGACGAAGUGAAAGGAACGGAUGCCGGUACCUACGUUUGCACUGCCAGCAACAGCCACACAAGCAUUGACAUCCCAACGAUUCUUGUUGUAACAGGCAUAGUGCCGUAUUUCGCACAAGCUCCCAACAGUUUCAUCGCUCUUCCUACACUCCCAGAUGCUUACAUCCAAUUUACAAUUGAAGUUUCGUUCAAACCGGAAGUGCAAGAUGGUUUAAUUUUGUUCAACGGCCACAAGAAAUCGUCUUCCAAAACUGAUUUCAUCGCAUUGGCUUUAGUGAACGGCGUUCCUACAUUCUACUUCAACCUUGGCCAAGGCGUUACCACCGUCAGAGCCAAUAGCCCCAUUCAAUUAGGGCAAUGGCAUUCUAUUAAAGUAUCACGAAACAGAAAACGCGGUACCAUGUACGUGGACGGAAAAGGUCCAUUCACAGGCGUUACCGAUGGAAAGUUUGUCGGUUUAGAUUUGAACGAGCCGUUAUACAUUGGAGGUGUUCCCAACUUUAGAGACGUUCCAGCCGAACUUCAAAUUGAAUCCGGAUUUGUGGGUUGCAUUAGUCGCUUGAAAAUCGGCCACGCGCACCAAGACAUUAUUCGCGAUGCCAUCAACAAGGACGGAAUAACAACAUGCGAGACUUGCUCUGAAAAUCCCUGUCACAAUCAGGGAGUUUGCCAGGAAGCUUUAACCGCGGAAGGAUACACUUGCUUGUGCCAAACUGGAUAUAGUGGACCUACGUGCAACAAGCAUGGAGGCGAAGCUUGCACACCAUACGCUUGCGGACCAGGCAGAUGUAUCGAUACUGAAAACAACUUCAAAUGCUUAUGCCCACUUGGACGAGCGGGACGUAGAUGCGAGCAGGAAAUUUCCGUUUACGAACCAGCGUUUUCUAAAGAUGCCUACAUUGCGUACCCCACACCUCGCCCUCAGCGCAGAUUAAAGGUAUCUUUGAAAUUUAAAGCCAGAGAUUUAAGGGAUGGAAUUUUGCUAUACUGCGCUGAAAGCGAGGAAGGUCACGGCGAUUUUGCCAGUUUGUCGAUCAAGGAUCGCCAUGUUGAGUUCCGAUUUGAUGUUGGCAGUGAUCCAGUGGUCAUCCGAAGUGAUCGCGAAGUUCAGCCCGGUGAAUGGAUUGCGGUUACGGCUAGUAAAUUUUUGAAUGAAGGCAGACUGUUGGUAAAUGGAGACGCGCCAGUGACACAGCGAGUUCCAGGUAACCACAAGGCUCUUAACUUGCAAACGUCUCUGUACGUUGGCGGAAUUGACAAACAGAAGGUUCACUUAAAUCAUGGCGUUGGUGUUGAUGCUGGGUUUGAUGGAUGUAUUUCAGAGAUUAGCGUGUCAGGAUUAGAUUUGAACAUUAUUCAGUCCGUUUCCGAAUCUGCUAACAUAGAGGAUUGUAGUGCAUCACCUGUACAAAAGAACGAUAAUGAUAUUCGGCCCCAUCAAGGAUAUUUACCAAAACCGUACAAUGCAAGACAAACCGGCUGUUCAAGCAAUCCGUGCAGAAAUGACGGACAAUGUUAUCCACUGUCACCAGUAGACUACCAAUGCAACUGUGUCCACGGUUACAGCGGCCGUAAUUGCGAGAUUGCCCCAAAUCUAUGUGACCACUUACGACCGUGUCUAAACGGCGGAUCGUGCCAUGGAAAUACAUCCACGUAUUCGUGCGGAUGUCCAAUGGGAUACACUGGCACCAACUGCGAACAACGCGCCGAUAUACGAAACGAAGUUAACUUUAAUGGCAACGGAUAUGUAGAAUUAAACAGAGGUUUACUCAACCACAAAAAUAUCGAUGAAAACGAAGUAAUCGCCUUUGAACUGUCUACAAACGCUAGCAACGGACUAAUAUUUUGGCACGGACAACGUCCAACGGAAGACGGUAGAGGAAAAGAUUACAUUUCGCUAGCAGUUGUGGGUGGCUACCUGGAAUACAGUUUUGAGUUGGGCUCUGGUCCCGCCAUCAUCUAUAACAACGAAGUAAGAAUAAAUGACGGAGAAAGGCAUCGCGUCAUUUUGAAGAGACGAGGCAGAUGGGGAUCCAUUGAAGUAGAUAACGAUCACAUAGUCGAAGGAAAUGCGGAUGGGUAUAUCUACGAAAUGAAUUGCAAUGGAAAUAUAUAUUUAGGUGGUACACCGAACAACACUUUCAUGACUGGUGGUCGUUACUCACAAGGCUUUAGUGGUUGUAUAUAUGGAUUCGAAGUGCAAGAUUCAAGAAUGUUGGAUAUUGGUGCUAAAGCUGUGUCCGGCGUAAAUGUUAAACCCUGCUCAAGCGGAUAUGGUGAUGGUGAAAAUGAUUUAUAUUAGGUAUAUGAAUACUCAAAAACUGUAAACAAGGUUUUACGGUCCAUUUAAAGUGGAAUUAAGAUCUUUCUCCAUUUGUGUUCUUAUUUGUGUUCAUUUUUUUGUGGGAAAUCCUUCAUUUUAGCCGCUGUUGACAGGAUAAAUUAUUGGUCAACAGUAACUGUAUUUGUUUUAUAUCUUAUUGUUUGCACAUUUUAAGGCUUUGUGAAAUACAGUAUUACAAUGAUCAAACUGCCACGAUCCCACAAUGUUACAUUUUUCUAUUUAGUUAUACAUACUACUUGUUGCAUGUACAGAAACAUUUGUGCCAUUUUAGGAUAAAAGUAGAAUAAUUCAACCAAAUUUUCCAAAGUAAAAUAGUGACAAGCUAUUUUUUAAUACUUAUCAUUUCAUUUAAGUGUAUAAUUAUGAGUAAUGGUGCUAAUAAUGUAUAUUGUCUAAUUUCGUUGUCCCGCUUUUAUUAACUUCUUUUUUUUAAAUUGUUUAUUACGUUAGACGUUAGUUAAGUUUUGUUACAGAAGUAAAUCUGAUUAUUUUUGCACAAAUUACGAUUUUCGUCACCAUGUUAAUAUUAGUUAUAAUUCUUUGUAAAAAAUUCUAAAAUGUGAUUAUGUGUAUUGAAACUAAACGUAUCAGCAAUGGUGACUAACAAUAAUGUAAUGUUAAGCAUGCAUAUAUAGAAUAUAUCUGUUUUAUAAUGCUUUUGUAUACCUUCUAGAUUCUAUAGAGUUAUAUAAAAAAAAAUGCGAAAAACUGUUAUUGUAAUAUGUUUAAAAAUUUAUUAGACGGCAUUUAUUUUUGUUCUGUUAUUUUUUAUUAAAAUUUGUACAUUUGUGUACUUAAAUGCCUUCUGAUAUAUCCCAUUUAUUAUGUUUACAAUAUGUAUGUUGAAGUGCAUUUUCAAUAACAGGAGACAAUAAUUAGGUACUUACAAUAAAUUGAAAUAAAUGUAUGUGA